UGCAGCCAUCAGGGCUCCGACAACUGCACCUACAGGAACUUCACCAGCGCGGCGCAGGCGGUGACCGAGUGGUACAUCCUGCAGUCCACGAGCAUCCUCUCCAAAGUCCCGCUGCAAGAGAGAAUCAGGAUGGGCUACCAGGCAGAAGACAUGAUCCUGGCGUGUCUCUAUGGGGCCGAACCCUGCAACUACAAGAAUUUCACCCAAAUCUAUCACCCAGACCAUGGUAACUGCUACAUCUUUAACUGGGGCAUGGACGAAGAGGCUUUGAAUUCUUCUAAUCCUGGAGCUGAGUUUGGGCUGAAGUUAAUUCUGGACAUCAGCCAGCAAGACUAUAUCCCUUACCUGUCAUCCGCUGCCGGGGCCAGGCUCAUGCUGCAUCAACAGAAGAGCUUCCCCUUCCUUAAGGAUCAGGGCAUCUAUGCAAUGGCCGGGACAGAAACCUCCAUCGGCGUGUUAGUGGAUGAACUGGAACGGAUGGGCUAUCCCUACAGUGACUGCACCAUGAACGGGUCUGAUGUCCCUGUAAAAAAUCUCUAUAGCCAAUAUAAUACUUCCUAUUCCAUACAGGCUUGCCUGCGCUCUUGUUUCCAAAAUCACAUGGUUGAAAUCUGUGGAUGUGGUCACUAUAUGUUUCCUUUACCUGAAGGGGUGAAUUAUUGCAAUAACGAAGAUAACCCAGGUUGGGCAUAUUGCUAUUCAUCACUGAGAUCAAGUAUAAGACACAGACAGAUUUGUAUUGACUCUUGUAAGGAAACGUGCAACGACACGCAGUAUAAGAUGACCAUCUCCAUGGCAGACUGGCCGUCUGAAGCUUCGGAGGACUGGAUUUUCCAUAUUCUGUCUUAUGAAAGGGAUAUGUCUACAAAUGUGACUCUGGACAGGAACGGGAUCAUCAAGCUGAACAUUUACUUCCAGGAGUACAACUACCGCACCAUCUCGGAGUCUGCCGCCACGACGAUCGUUUGGCUGCUGUCGAGCCUGGGAGGCCAGUUCGGGUUCUGGAUGGGAG